AUGGUAUUUUUGUUGCAGUUCACUGAUUUGCAAGUGUUUUUAUUUUUUCACCAGUUGUUUAUUGGAAUCCACCACGAUUGCAUCGAAAAUGCAAGGCGUGACUGCUCCUAGGGAGCAAGCUCCGCCAGUAAUUAGUACAAGCUCAACGAUCUUGAAUAUGAGAGAAAAAGAAAAGUACAUUGAGGACUUCGACUUUCCCUUCUGUGACGAGUCUUCAAAAUAUGAAAAAGUCGCGAAAAUCGGUCAAGGAACCUUUGGAGAAGUGUUUAAAGCCCGUGCUCGUAACAGCAGUAAAAAAUUCGUGGCCAUGAAGAAAGUGUUAAUGGACAAUGAAAAGGAAGGAUUCCCGAUCACUGCACUGCGUGAAAUCAAGAUUCUCCAACUUCUGAAACAUGAAAACGUUGUCAAUCUCAUCGAAAUAUGCCGAACUAAGGCGACUCUGCAUAAUAAAUAUAGAUCUACAUUUUAUUUAGUAUUCGACUUUUGCGAACACGACUUGGCGGGCUUGUUAUCGAACGUUAACGUGAAAUUCAGUCUUGGUGAAAUAAAAAAAGUGAUGCAGCAGUUGCUGAACGGACUUUACUAUAUCCACAGUAACAAAAUCCUCCACAGAGACAUGAAAGCUGCAAAUGUGUUGAUAACAAAGAAUGGUAUUUUAAAGUUAGCAGAUUUUGGUUUAGCAAGAGCGUUUAGUGUUGCAAAGUCGGGACAAGCAAAUAAAUAUACAAAUAGAGUAGUGACAUUAUGGUACAGACCUCCAGAACUGUUACUAGGUGACCGAAACUAUGGCCCGCCUGUUGACAUGUGGGGUGCAGGAUGCAUCAUGGCUGAGAUGUGGACCAGGUCACCCAUCAUGCAGGGUCCUACUGAACAGCAGCAGUUGAUCCUCAUCUCGCAGUUGUGCGGCUCCUGCACGCCCGACGUGUGGCCCGGCGUCGAGAAUCUGGACCUGUACAACAAAAUGGAACUACCGAAAGGACAGAAGAGGAAAGUCAAGGAAAGACUAAAGCAUUAUGUAAAGGAUCCUUACGGUUGUGACCUGUUGGAUAAGUUACUACAGUUGGAUCCGGCAAAGAGGUACGACGCGGACACGGCGCUGAACCACGACUUCUUCUGGACGGACCCGAUGCCGUGCGACCUGGCGAGCAUGCUCGCGCAGCACACGCAGAGCAUGUUCGAGUACCUGGCGCCGCCGCGCCGCCCCGGCCACCUGCGCCACCACCACCACGUGGCCGGCGCGCAGCCCAAGCCAGUGCCGCAGGACUCCACGUACCAGGACCGCGUGUUCUAGCUCCACUCCACCGACCACCGAUCGGAGGAUAAUGUUCUAGCUGCAAACAAAAAUUAGUGCAUAUUUAUAUUGAACAUUCAAUAUAAAUACGUUAAUUUAUUUCCAAUUGUGCAACUAGCUAAUGAGGAAGUAUUUAAAAAAAUGAAAGCACUAAAAAAGCAUCUCACUAGAUGGCGACUCUAGCAAAAGCUGAUUUUUGCAUUAAUGGACCAAAGAUAGUCAUUUCCGUUCCUUUUAACUAACAUAUUAAAUAACGGAAAUUUGCAAAGUUCGAAACUAAGAUAUCAAUACAAACAGAAUAUGAGUUGUUUAUUGAGUUUUGAAAAUUAAGUUACUUAUAUACACGAAAGAAAACGGGAAGGGUUGUCACGGAGAAAUCGGUAACGUACAGUAGCGACAUCUAGUUUGAUUUUGGGAACUAGUAUAUUUUUAAAUACUUCCUAAUUGAAACAAUAAUUUUAUUUUUUUAUUAAUGAAAAAAUGCUGUGUCGUUUAAAAAGUAUUUUGUUAUUAAUAAAAUAAUGCUCAAAAAUAUAUUGAAUAUAACAAUAGGAUGACGACCGGGUAGAAAAAUAAAAAAUUAUAUUAAGUCCGUCAGUUAGACAAUGGAAAAAAUAUUAGAUACGUAUUUUUUUUUAACUUUAAUUUAAUAAGAAAUAUCUUAGAUAACAGACAUUAAAGUUAAGAAGUGGGAACUCGCUGCGUCACUGUUUUGUAAAAAAUGUACCUAACCGUGACGUCACGCGGUAUUUUAACCCAAUGUAUCGGCGUAAUUGAACGAUUACGAAAAAAUUAAAAAGGUACGAGUAUCUACAUAAUAUUUUUCAAUAAUCUACCAGACGGACAAACAAACAAAAAAUUAGUCGUUAUCCCUAUUAUUAUUUAUUGUGAUACUUAUAUUUGUAAUUUUAUGUGUAGCGAAAGUAAAAUAUAUUAUGACUGCCUGUUAGCAGAAAUGUGCUUCGUUAAGAAAGAGAAGAUCUAUGUACCCUAUGUGUCGUUCUCUACUGAAGCAUACACAUUAAAUGAUAGCAUUUCUAUGUACCGUUUCUCAGUUAAUUACCUACGCGUUUACGAGUAGAAAGAAAAGGUGUACCGCGAUCUUCUCUCUCUUUCUAACCAAAAGGCAAAAAGAGAAGCAACAGGAGGUCUAACUUCCCUGAUCUAUUUAAAAUACUUCUAUGAUUGGCAAUUUGGUUUUGUGAACUGCAACGCAAGUAACAUUUAUAAAUAAAUGCCUUAACUGAAUUUUGUUAGACAUAAGACUACUUACACAAGUACUGAAUAAUCUUGUAAGUAUUAUGUUGUAAUGUAAAUAAAAUUAAAUAAUUUACG